AUGAAGAAGGGAUCUGCUGGCUGCAAAGGAAGCAUUGUGUGCCUGAUGGUAGCAUUAUGUGUAGCGAUUGCACUUGUAUUGUUAGGGGUGAUCUUAGCAUUGACAGUGUUCAAACCAAGGCACCCCAUUACCAAUGUGGAUUCAUCAACAACCCUAAUAAACUUGGAUUCAAUUACUACAAUAGCUCUGCCCAACUUGACAUUGGAAGCUCCUAUCCCCAAUGGAGACAUAUUAGCUGAGGAGAUUAAGGGACUCAACUUGACACUCACUGUUAUGGCUGAUCGUUUGGUCUCCAAUUCUAAGGUCACCAAGGAUGUUGCAUUGGGUUCAUUGCCCCUCAACACCUUAGUGAGAAUUUUUUCCCAAGUCAACGUCUUAGGGUUUAUUAAAUUCUAUGUGGCUUCCACCUCAUCUUGUGAUUUCACCCUCAAUCUUUCCUAUAGAACAAUAGUGAACAAAAAGUGCCAAGAGAAGACAGAUUUUCUGGUUGAUUUGUUCGGUUUGGAGAAGGGAGAAAAGAUUCAAAGAAAAGAAAUUGAUGUAAGGAAGGAAAGAGCUUAUUGGAUAUCGAUCUAUUUUCCCUCAACUUCCACAUAUUGA